UACGAAACGUGAUGACACGCUGACUCUCGAAGCUGAAUGGGACAUUCGGAUUGCGACUGCAGCAACAUUGCAGCUGCAGGAAAUGGACCAUGGUACUGUCCAUAUCUUUGAUAAAUUGAGUGACGGAUUGAACGUAUACAUAUACGUACAUCGAGUUGUAAAAUUGUAUGGACACAUAAUGAAUGGAAUAAAAUGGCCAUGCACUUGGCCAUUACCGCUAGGUGUACAAAGCGACAGCAAUGAGGAGAAACGACAGCAACACAAUUUAUCAAGAAAUGGACGGCGACAUCGUGUGCGUCAACACUGCAGUAGUAAAGAUGUAAGAGUAAUAGUAACGUUGCUGCGGCCGCAAUCAGAAUAUCACCUUGACACAAACUUACAAAUAAUAAUUCUAAUUUUUAUAUUAACUUUUGAAAGUAUUCGCUGGUUAUCUCGAUCGCAUUCGUAUAUUGAUGAGAGAGAUCCGUAUCGAGUUAUUAACAUAUCAACAGCAGAUUUUGAAUUCGAAUUUUGUAUGCCGCUCUUAUCGACUUUAUUUAUUUUAUUUAUACUUUAUUGCACAUAGAAUAUUAGGUACAUUAGUACUUAAUAUUACCGACCACCAUUAGGUGGACUUAAUGCCUUAAGGCACUUCGACCGACUGAGGGCGCGCGGCACCUAGAUAUUGAUAUUAUGGGAUGUUUUAAAUGUGUUCUAAACGCGAAAGUUUUAAAUGUUAUACUGUUAUAGAUACUAUCGCUAAGAAAUUAAAAACUUACCACAUAUAUUGCGUUUUUUCCACCAUUUUCUUCUUUAGGCCAUAUCAACAAAAUAAUAAAUAAGCUCUAAUAGGCUAUUGUUAAUUGUGAUGUAUUAUGUGAUUCAUCCGUUCAAAAACCCUUUGACGCUGGUCAUCUCGUAAUAAAAUUGUCCAUUAUAUAUACAAUAUAAUCUGAGCAGUUAACAUAUAUAUCUACUGGACGAUAAUUACUCUCCAUUAGUCGGACCAAAUAGUCCAACGGAUAACGUCAACAUGGAGAAAUCCUUGUGUUUGAUUAUUUUUUUGUGUAGUGCUUUAUUGGAAGGUCAUGCUAUGUUUAGAAUGCUACAUCUGUGAUAACUGCCCGAAAGCCAAACUAAAUGAGAUACAAACCUGUGGGCCUACUACAAUAUCUGAGCCAUCGACUACGACAACGGAAUCUCCAGCCACCAUAACAGUGACGACAAAACUUUCAACCACUUCUACAUCAACCACACUUAAACUUACAACGGAAGCUAUAUCGGAAUUUACGACUGUCCCCUCAACAAUUUCUACAGAAGCUUUAACUACAUCAACGACAGAAGUUGCUACUACGACAGAAGCAAGACCAACUUCCACAGAAUCCACAACUCCAACAGUCGCAUCCUCAACAGCUGCGUUGGAAACUACAAAAACUCCAAUGAUAAGCCCCGCAGAUGAUAUAACCUCUUCUACAGAUACAACAAUAACUAUUCCUGGUUUUCCAAGCACCGCCUCACAAUUUCAACAAAUCACAACACCCACAGAGGCUGCAAUGACGUCGGCAUUACUGACUACAGCAACCAUAGCAGACGCUACUACAAGUUCUAUAACGACAUCUAUGGCACAUACAGCACUUAAUGGAACGGUAUCCGAACCCGUAAUCAGUACCAUAACAACAAAGGAGGAUCCUAGUCCAACAGACAGCACAGUUUCAUUUAUAUCUACGUUACCUACAACAACAGCAGUGCCUCUUGCAACUUUUCCUGGAACCGAAUCUAUAUUACAGACGUUUUCGUCAUUACCUCCGUUAACCGAACAGAACAUGGAAUCUACAAUACAAAAUAUUCCAACGUUGUCAUUGGCACAACCCAUCGCGACAUUCACGUCAGAAUCUGCAUCAAAGAUUCCUAAUAUAUCCAUCGGAAUUUAUCCUGAGUCUACAGUUAAUAAUAUAAGACCUGACAAAGAAACAAACGCGACAUACAGUAUUAGGAGAAUGAGGUCCUCAUCUGAAGCUUGUGCGUGCAAAAACGGAGAAAAAUGUGACUGUUUGGGCCAUCAAAGAUCCAAAAGAUACACUUUGAGAGGACUGGGGCUGUCGAAGGAAGCCGUCAAGUACGUUUGCUACGUGGAUAAAUAUAAAAUAAAUGAAACGGAAAUCGUGAAAAGAGGUUGUGCCGUCAAGGAAGCAGACGAAAAAACUUUGUGCACGAAUUUGGGUUUCGGAGGUGACUGUAAGAUAUGCGAUACCCAUCAGUGCAACGGUGUUGCCAUCAUGCGAGUUUCUAUAUUGUUAAUAUUUAGUCUAUGCUUCAUUUGAUACGUUUUUCUUUUCAUCAUGUGCUGCUGUUACAAUAAAUGCUAUUUAUUUAUUUCAUUUGAACAAAAUGGAAGCAUCCGUUCGUUUAUUUUAAAGAAAAGUAUUUUUGAUAGGCUCAUAUUAUGUAAUAGAUAAAAUUUACUAAAGGGGCAUUUUCCAAACGAGAUACUUUAAACUUCGUAAAAAGGCAUAAGUAUUUCAAUACCUACAAGAAAAAUAAUUUCAGCGAUUUGGAAAAUUCUUCUACCCUUAGGUUGAGAAGGAUUAUUCAAUUCAAUACGUUACCUAUUUCAGACACAUAAAAUAAAUAAAAACGAACUAUAAUUAUA